GCCGCCGCCGCCGCCGCCGCCACGCGCUGGCGUGACUCCCGGCCCGCGCCCUCCCACGUCUACAGCCGGCUCGGCUUUCUGCCCGCCCAGACGCCGCUUCUCCCGGCUCCCAGCCUCGGCGCCGCGGAGGGAGCCGAAAUGAGUGCGGCGUCGGCGUCGGCGCCCGAACGGGGUUGGAAGAGCGAAAAAGUGGAUGAGGCUCAGGCCCUGGCGCGGAGUUGCGCUGCCCGAAGACCCGACUUCCAGCCGUGCGACGGGCUCUCCAUCUGUGCCACCCACAGCCAUGGCAAGUGCUUCAAGCUGCACUGGUGCUGUCACCUAGGAUGGUGUCACUGCAAGUAUGUGUAUCAGCCCAUGACCCCUGUGGAGCAGCUUCCAAGCACUGAGAUUCCUGCGAAGCCUCGGGAACCCACCAACACCAUUCAGAUCUCAGUCUCACUCACUGAACACUUUUUGAAAUUUGCAUCUGUCUUUCAGCCGCCCCUCCCCCCUGAUUCGCCAAGGUACUGUAUGAUCUCAGACCUCUUUAUUGACAAUUAUCAGGUUAAAUGUAUUAAUGGGAAGAUGUGUUACGUGCAGAAGCAGCCGGCGUCACAUCCCCACAAAAUGAGCCCUGAGGAGGUCUCUGCACAUGAUGCCUUAAUUUCAAGAGAGAGCAGUACACCAAAAAUAGAUCACUGCUCUUCUCCCUCAAGUUCUGAGGACUCUGGGAUCAAUGCCAUUGGGGCUCACUAUGUGGAAUCGUGUGAUGAGGACACAGAAGAAGGAGCAGAACUGAGUUCAGAGGAAGACUACAGUCCAGAGAGCAGCUGGGAACCGGACGAGUGCACCCUUCUCUCCCCCUCACAGUCUGAUCUGGAAGUAAUUGAAACAAUAGAAACCACCGUGUGAGAGUCCAAGCAGGAAACCACGGCCUCUGAUCCAUGCUGAGCUUCUGUACUUUGGUCUGAUGGAUCCUUUUCCCACUGCAGUUGGUAUUUUCUACCCCUCUCUGACAACCAUAGCGGUUCACUGGUCUGCUGAUUAACUCCACUCUUAAAUUAGUCUUAGAACUAAGACCUUCUUUUUCUUAUAAAUGGUUUUCUUUUGUAUCUUGACUUAUUUUCUAUGUAGCAUCUGGUGUCAUGAAUUGUGACCCAGCCUUAAUUUCACUGGGAACUCUGAAAGCAGUGAGGUGAUGAUUAUCAUGGAUCAGGUUGAGGAACUACCCAUACCGAAGGAGACAGUGUUUCCUAUGUAGCCAGUUCUUGAGACACACACACACACACCCACCCACCUACCUACCUACCUACCCCCCCCAACCCCCUUGGCAAUCCUUUUGGUGUGCUGACAGGCACCCCUACCCUGCUAGUCUCCUGUGGGAAUCUGCUCAGCAGAGGGGAACCGAGUGUGCACUGUAGAUGCCAUUUUGUCCCUUUUCCCUUCUCCUCACCACCUGUUGCCUCGGCUUACUUCUGGGAGGUUACUGGAGGUUCGCUCGAUCCCUUGUUAUGGCCUGUGUGUGCAUACCCUGCGUGACCUGGGGACAGCCAGACCUUCAUUUAAGAAGAGAUGACGCCUUCAGUUUCACUUUCAAUCUGUCUUCAGCUGCGUGCCUUCGCUCUGCAGGGUGCAGAGUGGGAUGCAGACUGAGUAUCACCGGACUCCUACAGGAAGGGGUCCACAGUCCAGCAGAGGGCUGUGCUAACACGUGUGGGUGAUGGGACCCAGAAUGCUCUGGGAACCCAGGGGAAGGAGAGUAUGAGGCGUGCAGCUGGAGAAUGUGUUGCCACAUUUGAGCUGGCCUGUCGGUGGGUUCCUCAACAUUUCCCCAUUUUUCUUCAUUGUUCUUUGAAUCUGGGGAAAACUUUUAGGAAGUUAUAUAGGUAUUAUAUUUAGGAGGCAGCCACAUCUGACAUCUUAAGAAAAAAAAUCAAUAAUAGUCUUAGUUAGCAUGGAAAUGCUAAACACAGCAGUCCUUUAGGGAUUAGGAAUGAAUCUAAUAGGUUUGAUUAAUUCUGCUUCAUUUGGUUGUAUGAAGCAUUAGAAUGGCUUAGGUGAGAACUGGAUUAGAAUUCAGUAUGAUGCAUGGAUUUUUAUGCAAAUGCAAAAGCAGUUGAAAUAGUUUGCUGCUAAGUCAGGAGAAAAUAUUUUGUGUAAUAUUCGUUCACUUUACUACAGUAAUAUUCAUUGUUGUACAUGUUCUCUUUUCUCACACACACAAAAUGGUGAAUAAUUCUUUCUUACUUAGCUCUCUUCUGAAUUCUCCUAAUUUCCAUUUAUACAAGGUGUUAUUGUGGGAGUUGCUUAUCUGCCAUUGCUCCUCAUCUGCUCUCUGCGAGGCGUAGGUGAGAGUCCAGGAAGUUUAAAAUACAGCCUGAUGAAACUACAGCUGCCGAAGGUAGAGGUCAAGAAAUACUUUCUUAUGCCCUGACUUUGCGUGAGCAUGCUCUCGUGGCACUAUCUCAUGCUCUGUCCACAUUUUGGCACAUCUCUUAUGUGUCCCGUCAGUUUGUAUUUUAAGAAAUACGAAGAGGCCUGUUGUGUUCCAUCCUGAAGCCUCCAUGUGGCAUCCUUCACGAAUCACUCUAGGCAGAGUCUGCUUUCUUGGUUGUACAUGUAGUUCAAGUGAUUGGCUAGAACACUUUGUUAGGUCUAGGUGCCCAGAACGUCCCUAGGGUUUAGAAAGCAGAGUUUGCAUAUUCCUUUGAAAACAGUGGUAGUUAAAGCUUCCUGUGCUAGAUGAGAAUGCAGCAUAAAGUUUUCACUGACUGAAAUGUAAAGACUCAACAAGGCAGACAGCAAGGCAGAUGAGUAAGGUGGUGAGAGGAGCUCCAGAAACAGCAGACUCCAGGAAAGGGCAGGUGGAGGAGUGGGGGGGUUGCUGCCCAGAGAGGUCCUUUCCUGGCCCUGAUGGCUUAGGACAGACAUCUGAUGAGCCUGCCUGAGGUUCUCAGUGCCUCCGUGAUUGACUAGCCAGCUGAAGGCGGGCCUGGAAGCCCAACUCCCAUGAGCUGAGCUGUGCAGCCAGCCACUGUGUACUCAGGAUCGAAGCAGCGACACCAGGGUCCUUCCUGUCUGCACCUACCCUGUGGGUGAGCUCAGUGAAGCCCUCGGGUGAGCAUAUGGAGGGUGCUUCCCUGCACCGUUUUAUCAGUUCUGUACUCUGGGCUCACAUUCCUGUUAAAUCGAUUGGAGUCAACCACCAGGUCUCCAAAGCUAUGGAAGCAUGUGGUCACAGGGCCACAUUUCUGAGGCUGGCUGUGUCAGGGUUGGGGCCUUUAUCAGUAAUAUCUACGACUUUUGCCUAGGUUCCUGUUUUUUAAACUCCUGAACUGCCAUUCAGAUUACCCAUGAUUUUAAUGAAAUUUUUGGAUUUAAUAAUGGAUGAUAAUCACUUUAAAUAUUUGCACAAUCUCUUUAUAAUUAAAAAUUCACUAAGCUUCACUUACUACUAUUUUAUAGAAUGGAAGACGUUCCAUUGGAUUCUAAAUAUCAGAUGCUCCUAGAUCUCAAAAUAGUCUUUUCUAAACAAGCACAAGCAAGGGUUUCUUUGUCGUAGCAUUGUUAAUAAUUCUCUGAAAACCAUACAUGGUUGAACCAGAAUUGUUUCUUUAUGCUUGCUGAUAAGGAUAUGAAAGUGGGUAUUUACAACUUAAAUUCUAGGCCUACCUGUUAUAUAUUAUAUAAAAGAAUUUCACUGUAAACCUGAUAUUAUAUUGCUCAUUUGUAUAAGCAUAUUUAUAUAGGCACUUUAGAAAAUGUUUAGACUGCAAUGUGUAUUAUAGACAUCGAACACACAGUCAUGUUAAAUAGUAUUUGGGUUAAUACUUGUAUGUUGACAGGUACACAAACUUGAUAAUUUGAACCUAGUAGUUUGUUCACUUGGAGUAAAGAGUUGGGCUGGGUAGAUGGGGAAAGUGCUUUGGGGGCCUUUAUGGAAGCCUGGCACCAUUCCCACUUCCUGAAAGUGGAUGUAAGAGCGGUUAGGGUGGAAGAUGCAAAAGGAGUGCUGUGUGGAGUUCAGCUUUCUCACCUAACCAAGAUUUAUUUCGGAAUUCUUCAGUUUCAGAUAUUCUCAUAAAUUUUCUGAGAAAUGACAAAGCAAUUAAAAUACUUUUGUGGUUAUAAUGAUUUGGUACAUAAAUAAGGCUUUACAGUCAAAUCUAGGUAUUUUUUCCUUGAAAUUUUUAAGAUUUGAAGUAAGAAUCUGAGGAAAACCAUGCAGAAAACCAGUAGCUUUCCUGGGAAAGGAAGACUUGUACUUCAAAGUAAUAUGAUACAAAAUAAAACCAAAUAAACCACCCAAACUAAAACAAAAUGGUGAAGUCGUUGUCCUCAGGUACCUUUUGGAUUUUAUCUAGGAUCUAACACUGUUGUGGGGCUGGUGCUUUUAUUUUUUAACCUCUACUUCCUGGCCUGUUUGAAUCACUUCUUUAGGGACGAAUCAGAACAAACUCCUUUCAUACAAAUUUCUCUUUUUGGGUAAUAGGACACAGCCUAUUUUAGAAAACUGUCAAGAUACUCAGUAUGUUUGGCAGUAUAAAUACUACUAGGUAAAGGGGUCAGGGGGAAGCACAAGUUAAACUAAUAUUUAUAUGUCAGCUCUUGAUUAUUCCAUCUUGUUUGCAAAAUUGUAUUGACGUGUUUUGGCCUUUCACAUGAGGGAAACAAUGUUUUAACAGUUUUCUUUCCUGUCCCCUCUCCACAGGAGGUGAGGGCCAGAAUUGAGGAGGACAGUUGCAUUUUAGGUUUGUUUGAAUAGUCUGGGAUCCUGUCUCUUCCUGCAGGGGAGAAGAGAGGCAGGAAGGGGAGUCCUCACGGUCUCAGCACCGUGCACUCCAGGGAUGUCGGUAUUUCUCACAUCCAAACAUAAGUAUGAGGGCACUUAUCAAAAUUAAUUUUGGAAUUACCUUUUAAAAAUUUUAUGUCAUUACUCCCUUUCAUUACUCUGGGGACUGGAGAGUUAACUGCUGUGGAAGGGCCAUAUAUCUGUUAGUGCUUUGAGUUCUUUCUUCUGUUAAGACUGAAGCAGUGCUCUCUUAUAAUAUGAGUAAUUCUGAAAGCAGAUCAUCACUAGAGGCUUUAGUAUUGAGCUUCCUUAUUGUUGUGUCCAUAUACACUUUUUAAGGCUGUUCAUACCUUGCAAUAUUCUCUUACUGUGCUAAUUUUUACACCUGUCUAUUUCAAAGUUUUAAGCACAAUGUUGCUCCCUCUGUAAUUUCCUAAAAUUAUAUUCUGUUUUUCCUACAGUUAAAAUUUCCUUUAUGUAUAAUACUUUAGAAAAAUACUUAACUUGUAAAAUAAAUGUAAUUUUUUCUUUUGUACCAGCACAAAUCUGAUAUUUUGGAGUCUGGAAUGUUCUCUUCCCCUCACUUUUUCCUUUGGAGAGGUUCUGUCUGAUUUAAAUAACACAUUGUGAACUAAACAAAACAAAAAUCCACAUUUGUAAAGCAUGAAACUUGUAUACUGAGUGCUUAGUUUGUGCUAGGAAAUAAGCAGUUUGCAUCAUCAUCACACUUAGACUUUACAAGAACCAUGAAGUGCAGGUAAGUGUUAUUGUCUGUAAUAGGCACUCAUGGUCAACUGCUCAUGACUCCCAGAACACUUAGUAAUAGGAACACCAGCCACAGGAGGUUUAUACAAAUAAAACGUAACGUUCCCCCACGGUCUUUACUUCACACAAAGCCACAGGCUUUGCAUGUGGUUUACAUGUGCCUUGGAGACACGUCUACCCAGAGGACCCAGGGGAUGCACUUUAUAACCCAGGCUCAGCGUCCAGAUUGCAGCGUGGCAAAUCCGGAAGCUCCAUUCUUUAAUUCACACCUGGAAAAGAGCAGCUUGUGUGUGGGGGCGAUUUCAUUGAGUAGCCUCACUAGGGACUGCUAAGUAAAUUCAUUAUCAGUAAUAGUAAUAAUGCCAUUAAUAUUAUUAAUAAUUAUAGCCCAACCUUAACUGCUUUCCACAAGUAACCCUUACAGCAGCCUUCUGAGGGACAUUUCAGUACUGCACCUCACAAAUCCAGAACAGCGCUCAGGGAGGAAAUAUUUUUGUCUCAAGUGGCACAGCUUAUAGGUAGUAGGAGUCAGAAUUGAACCCUGUUACUUUGGCUCCAGAGCUCACGUUCUUGGCCCUCUGCCUGAGUUGCUCACUCUUGUAACACCUCUUCCCACCCUCAGGGUAGUUGGAGGCUGAGUCAGGAGGCUGCUGGUAAACCUGGGAGCAGAGCCGAGGGUGUUCCAUCCCUCUCUCUAACCCAGCAAACACAUUCCCACGGGCUGGUGCUCAUUCCUCAUCCAAUGUGGCUGCUCUCAGGCAGUGUUGGAGAAACACCAACAGGCUUCCUUCCUCCCUCCCCCUUUUCUGUGCUCCACACAGACCUCCUCCCAGUGUGCACGCGCGCGCGCACACACACACACACACACACACAUACACACCAUUUUGCUGAAAAUAUCUCUGUGCUUUGAUAGGCUGUUGCUGCUUCCAUGUUUAAUCACAUCUUGACGAGCAUUCUAGGCUGGCUCUUUCUGUCUUCACAAAAGAUGACUUGUCUGAAAAUGACUUUUGCCGACAGCAAAUCUAAUCUACUGUGUGUGCAUUUUACUCACUUAACUACAUAAUUGUAUUGCCAAGUUCUAGAAGGCAUCUCAUUGUAGCCUCUUAACAACUGCUGACUACAUACACUUUUAUUCUGCAAUAAACUUUAAUUUAGCAUCUUG